AUGGGAUCAGAGCCAGAGCUCCCUGCCUAUCAAGCAUUGCUUGCCCUGGAAAAGGGGACUUCAGGGUCUCCGAUCGAGCAGUUGACGGAGGCUGCAAGGGUUGUUGGGGUUGAUUUUGAGGACUACAACUUGGAUCUCUUUGCCGACGAUGGCGAACUUCCGUCAAUUACUCCCGCCCACUCCGCACCUAAGGAAGAAUGGGUUUUGCGAUGGCUGCUGAAGAAGUUGAAAGGCCCUACAGAUAUAUCGACUGAAUACCGGAAUAAUGGCCGAUCUUGGAUACUAUUGCGCAUCCUCUUUAUGCGGAUUCCUAUUAGGAGCCUGGCGUUCACACUGAGCGAAAACGAUUUCCUUGGCCUCCUACGGGAUUCCUUAGUGGGAUUGGAUUCUUCGAGCGGCCAUGCAAGCCCUUACGAUCAGGUGGAAUACAAUUCAAAGGCUGGGUCGCCAUUGAAACGGAAGCCGGACUCUGAUUCUUCUAAGCAAAGUCGGAAGCGUACGCGGACAGAUGAGCCUAUCGCGAACACAAAACCCGAGGAAGAGAGCUCCCAUUACGAUACUUUCCUUGCGAUUAUCGAAUCAGUUAACGCUCUUAUAAAGCUUACGGAACAAAUUCCGCAAUCCAAAGAUGUGCUGAAGGCUCAGCUCAAGCUGGUCUUGCGUGGGAGUGCUGAGACAAGCGCUAUCAUCAUUGGGAGGGCAUGCAAUUAUGCUCAGUCUACUCUUAAUCGCGUGAAUGCUGUCGCUGCUACAUCUUUUCCACACCGACUUCAUACAUCUCUCAUAUCGGUGUUAGAGAUAUGGACUCUCCGAUCAGACCAUCAUGAGAACGGUUCGACCGCGUCUAGCAAUGACAUUUUUGUCUCCCAUGCAUUGGUUGGCGCUCUAGGGCUGAUUAGAAUUGCACGUCAAUUUUCGAACGACCUAGAACUUGUCAAUGGCCUAGAGCGACUGGUAGCCCUCCACGUUGUUCUCAGCUUUCGCGAGGUUUUCUUCUCUUCAGCCGCAGCCGAUACCAAAAAUGAGAGUAGUUCAAAGAGUGCUCAGCGGCUUAGCCAUGAAUUCGACACCAAAUUAAGCCCUGUUCUGUCUGGUGCUGACGCGAUCAUUCUCCCGACGCUCUUUGACAUCUCCAUUCGUUCUAUGCCAAGAAAUAAUUUUCGACGACAGGUUCAUGAAACACCUUGGCUAGAAUCAUUCCUCAUUCUGCUUGUGUCGCAGGCCGGCUAUCCAUUGGAGGAGGAUCGGGAAAUGAGGGAUGUCACUCUGCUACAAGAAUUCCUGGAUGUAGCCAUCCAUAGAAAGCUAAAGCUCUCUUUAAUUACCCUCGUCCAGAUUGCAAGCAAAUUUUCCGGCCUCUCAGGAACUCAGGAUGGAAUUGAAUGGAGCUUGAUAGCCCGAAUAUUACGGCUCGAUGUGGACGUGUUUCUAUUGAACUCCGGCGUUGAGCAGUCUGUCGCCUUGCUAAAUUCGUUGCUUGCUGGAAUAACAGCUUUUCCUCUACAAAAUGAACUUGCUUCAGGGGAUUUACAUGAUUUAAUCAAACAUGAAAUCAUCAUUCCGCUUGCUCGGGGGUUUUUCAAUGCCCGAGAUGGUCCUGCUUUCAUCAAACUAUGGGCUGAGCAGAUUGCCGAGUCAGAGUCAUCCCGGCAUUUGACAAAAAAACAAGAUUUAAUCUCAAUCUGGGAGAGUGAUGAUGUGGUCAAAGCUUGUGGACAGUGUUUGGCAUCUUCAGAUACUCAGCUUGAUGAACAAAUUGGAGAUCUUCUUAAGAGAAUUUGCCUAAUAAAACUUUCUGGGGAUAAUUUGCCUGGCGCAUAUUCCUCUCUUGUUGUCCUUGACUCUCUCCUGAUGUCUCCAAUAAAAAGUGGGCUCGAUGCCAUUUCAAUUAGCCGUUACGAGCAAAUAUUGGAAGAGCUAUCAAAUACUUUCUCCUCUACCCGUACGGAAGUCUGUUGGAAAUGGAGAAUAUGGCGGUGUUUACAAAAUUCCGUUUCUCGAUACCCGGCUUGCUCAGAAUUAAUCCAGUUUGAUGUGAGGCACUCUUUGGUUCCUCUAGCUUUACGCAAGAUAGAAUUCUUUGCCCAGAAUCCUAAGGUUGUUCCAACUCAGGAUUGUUUGGAAACCUUUUGGUCUUACAAUUUUGUUCUUAGUCUUGGAAGCAGAGCAUCGGGUACCGAUUUUAACGACUACGUUGAUAAAUCUACCCACAAUACAUUAUCAAGUUUCAAGGAUCUUUUAAAGAGCAGCUUUGCAACUUGGAAUGGUCAAGCGGGGGACCUCUCAACCCCUGUUGCUAUUGUUAUUGCCUGCAUUACCGCCUUACUCGGUAACAUCCAAAACUUGGCCUCUCUGACUUCCGACACACGUCAACUUCUAUUCACUAACUUACUCGUAUCACUGGAGAACGAACCCACUUCUACCGCAAGCAUUCAACUCUCGCAGAUCUGGAAAGAUUUUCUCUGCUUUGGGUCUGGUAUGGAAUUGACCGCCAUUGUGGAUGACCUGGUAAAGGUAGCCUACGAUAGACUUACAAAUCAAAGGAACCCGUCUAGGGUAUUGAUUAGCAGUCUUCUAUAUAUUCCCACCCGUCUAGUAUCCCGCUCGCAGCGCGGUUUGAUCAUUGAUACCCUGCAUUCCUUCCUCCUUAGUGGUGAAAUUGGACUAGAGAUGAAAGUGGAUAUUUUACUGCUUAUGACCAGGCUAGUAGAGAGUGCAAGAUCAUCUGCCCAAAUAUUAGACGACCCGGAUAAAAUCUGGGAGAUUUCUCGUUCAAUUAGUAUGGACGGUGGGUGUGAUACCCAGUUGCUAUUUGACACAUUCACAAAAUUAUAUGAAGCUAUCACCGUGCGGUUCGAAGCAGCACCUCAGGAUUCAGUUACAAAGUUUUUGAAUACUGCUUAUUCGAGAACAACUGAAAACCUGCCAAUCCGGAGUUAUCAAACCAUGGAAUACCCUCUCUUUAUACUUUCUCUAUCUCAUUUGCACAAACGUGAACAUCAACUCGGCGAAAAACGGUUCCAGACCAUCUGCACUCUGAGGCACAAAGUGUUCAAUGACCUUAUUUCAGGCCUGCAUACGUUGACAAAAUCCAUGAAGAAGACAUACGAGGGUACUGACACGGCCAGUUUGAUUGGAAUUUUGUGCGCUCUAGACAACUUCCAGGAUCUUCGGCGUGAAAGCAAAGAUUCGCGGAAGAAACUACGCAAACUUGAGGAAUACACGUCCAAAUACAAUUUGCCAAUGUCUGUGAGAAAGCAAUUGAAAUUAUUAAGCUUGGCCUCGAAGGCACCGAGUGCUGAUUUUGAAUCACGACUACAUGACUGCAUGACCUUAUUUCCGUUCGGGCAGCUACAUGGAAAGGACCAACGUUCCCUCAUCCACAGGAUACAGGCUCAAAUAUCGGAGAUGGAGGAAGAUGUUGUGGUGAAAAUGAUCCAUAAUAUGUGUGAAGCAGAUCUAUCGGGUGAGGAAAAUGGCUACCGACUCUUAUUGCUAGGGAUUUCUGUCAUUAGAAUGAGCCCUGUCCAAGAUAGGGAUUCUACGGCUUCGACUGAAAUCUCAACAGCUUUCACCAAGGUUUCUACGGCAUUAGCUCACAAUGGUUCCAUUGAGUCUUUCUGUCUAGCAGCAGAAGCCCUGGACAUCAUCUUACGGACACAAUCUAGGUCUGUCACUCAAUGGAACAUAGACAACCUUUUGGCGAAUAUUUGCCUCAUUGUGUCCCCUUCUGGCCCGCCAAUUGACGCAAAAUUUGCGGGUACUAUUCAUACCAGGCUCUGCAAACUACUCGGCACCUUGUUCACCCUAUAUCGGCAAAAGCUUAGCGGCCGAUUCCACCUGGUUCUUCCGGUCAUGCAAGCACUUUUAAGAUGCUUAUUCACGUACAACCAGAAGUCAUCAAACUCAUCUGGUGCGGUUUUAGCUCGCCCACCCUGGAUUGAGGGCAGCCAUCAUAUGGAACCUAGGCAUGGGACACAGUUUUCCCGCCUUCUUAGUUCUCUUUGCGACCCAACUGUUUCCUCGGUGCAACGACCUGGAGGUGUGGGACAUUCUAAGCAAGCAUUGAACGAUAAUACAAAGAAAGUGAAAAGUCUGGCAGGCCAGUAUCUGCAGUAUCUCGUCAUGGAAUACACAUCAUGCCAAUUGAAGGGGCAUAUUCCCCCUGAAAUGAAAGCAGCAUUGAUGCCAGGGAUGUAUGUGAUUCUGGACGUCAUGUCGCAAAGUACGAUGCGUGCGAUGAACGCAGGGAUGGAUUCUUCUAGCCGUGCGGUGUUUAAGACCCUCUACGACGAUUAUAUUCGAUUUGGAAAGUGGGACCAUAAUUAA